AUGGAGGAGGUGACUUUCCAGACCCUCAACCAACGGGGAUCCCCCGAUUUGUCCCUGAGCUCACGAGGGUCUGACCCAGUCCGGCCACCUAUGGCUGUGACCGCCCAGGGGACCCCUGGGCCAUGCGCUCAGGCCCUCCCAAAGCCCCAUCCCCUCUCCCGCUGGCCCACCCCAUACCACGAGGCCCGCGGGCGCCCCCAUGCGUGCGUCCUGCACUGCGUGGCCACCAGGUCCCAGAGUGACCACGAACGGGACUUUGGGAGCCGGAGUAGAGUGGGGGUUCGGGGAUCCAGGCAUGAUCCCGCCCCCGGUGGGCGGGAGAACGUGCGGCCGGUCCGGCGGUGCGGAGCGCAGAGAGAAUGGUUGAGCAGGUUUGGCUACCUGCCCCCUGCUGACCCUGCCACCGGGCACCUGCAGACACAGGAGGAGCUGUCCAGAGCCAUCUCUGCCAUGCAGCAGUUUGGUGGCCUGGAGGCCACUGGUGUCCUGGACCCAGCCACCCUGGCCCUCAUGCGGACCCCGCGCUGCUCCCUCCCAGACCUGCCCCCCACGGCCCAGUCUCGCAGGAGGCGCCAGGCCCAAGUCCCGACCAAGUGGAGCAAGCGGAGCCUGUCCUGGAGGGUGCGCACAUUCCCACGGGACUCGCCCCUGGGCCGGGACACGGUGCGGGCGCUCAUGUACUACGCACUCAAGGUGUGGAGCGACAUUGCGCCCCUCGACUUCCAUGAGGUGGCAGGCAGCACGGCCGACCUCCAGAUUGACUUCUCCCGGGCCCAGCACAACGACCGCUACCCCUUUGAUGGCCCUGGUGGCACCGUGGCCCACGCCUUCUUCCCAGGCGACCACCACACCGCAGGGGACGCCCACUUCGAUGAUGACGAGGCCUGGACCUUCCGCUCCUCGGAUGCACACGGGAUGGACCUGUUUGCAGUGGCUGUCCACGAGUUUGGCCACGCCAUCGGGCUAGGCCACGUGGCUGCCACCGGCUCCAUCAUGCAGCCCUACUACCAAGGCCCCGUAGGUGACCCACUGCGCUACAGGCUCCCCUACGAGGACCGAGUGCGCGUCUGGCAGCUGUACGGUGUGCGGGAGACCGUGUCCCCCACGGCGCAGCCGGACAACCCUGAGCCCGAGGAGCCCCCACCACUGCCAGAGCCCCCUGACAACCGCUCCAUCACCCCGCCCCAGAGGGAUGUGCCCCACAGGUGCAACACCCACUUCGACGCAGUGGCCCAGAUCCGGGGUGAAGCCUUCUUCUUCAAAGGCAGGUACUUCUGGAGGCUGACACGGGACCGGCACCUGGUAUCACUGCAGCCGGCACAGAUGCACCGCUUCUGGCGGGGGUUACCGCGGCACCUGGACGGUGUGGACGCCGUGUAUGAGCGCACCAGCGACCACAAGAUCGUCUUCUUCCGAGGAGACAGGUACUGGGUGUUCAAGGACAACAACGUGGAGGAAGGGUACCCGCGGCCCAUCUCCGACUUCAGCCUCCCGCCGGGCGGCGUGGAUGCAGCCUUUGCCUGGGCCCAUGAUGGCCGCACCUACUUCUUCAGGGACCAGCUGUACUGGCGCUAUGAUGACCACACGCGGCGCAUGGACCCCGGCUACCCUGCCCAGGGCCCCCUGUGGAGGGGCGUCCCCAGCAGGUUGGACGACGCCAUGCGCUGGUCCGAUGGGGCCUCCUACUUCUUCCGCGGCCAGGAGUACUGGAAGGUGCUGGACGGCGAGCUGGAGGUGGCGCCCGGGUACCCGCAGUCCACAGCACAGGACUGGCUGGUGUGCGGAGAGCUGCCAGAUGGGCCACAGAGUUCAGAAACCAUGUCCUGAAGAUAUGACUCCAGGACCACUAUAUCUUCUCUGGAAGGGACGUGACUUGCAGCGUGGCAGUUAUGACUUCUGAUGCCAAUGUUCUGACUAACAAACUGAGGCUCACGCACAAAGGUAUUUAUGGCACUAUCAGGAGCCAGAGCCACCACAUGAGCAGCUGGUUACCGCACCGUGUGGUCAAACAGGCCAUCCCUCAGCUCGGAGGACAGUGCCCCUUCUGUGCUGCAUUGCUGUAGGUUGGCUGGGACAGCACUAUGGCUUCCGGCUCUCAGAGUGACCCCAGUGGAAAUGAUGAGGGCUGGGAAGCCACAUGCAUUGGAAAUAACAAUGCUGCAGCUGUGUCAAUGCUGAAACGACCAUGAAGAAGGAGAAAUGACUGAGUUGCCACUCACCUCAGCUGUCACAGUGCUGAACGAGACCAUGGGUGUCAGCAAGCUGUCUGCUGAGAAAGGGGAAAUCGCCACAUUAACCAGAGAAUGGGAAGAUGGUGACCAGGGUUCUCAAGCAACAGGAAGUGGAACAGUUGAUCAAAAAACAUGAGGAAGGGGAAGGGGACAGGGAUUUGGCUCA